AUGGCUUCCUCUAUUGUUCUUCUUCUCCUUUUCUUCUUCUUUCUCUCUUCUCCGAUCACUUCCUUCUUAACGGAGAAGAAGACUUUCAUUUUCCGCAUCGACAGUGGCUUGAAACCGUCGGUUUUCUCAACGCACUACCACUGGUACAGUUCCGAGUUCACUGAAGGUCCUCGAAUCCUCCAUUUGUACGAUACAGUCUUUCAUGGCUUCUCAGCUACGGUUACUCCUGACGAUGCUGAGAUCCUCCGUAACCACCCUGCGGUUCUCGCUGUUUUCGAGGAUCGCCGCCGUGAACUCCACACUACUCGUUCUCCCCAAUUCCUAGGUCUCCGGAACCAGAAAGGACUCUGGUCCAACUCCGAUUACGGAUCAGAUGUUAUAAUCGGCGUUUUGGACACCGGAAUCUGGCCGGAACGGCGGAGCUUCUCUGAUCUAAAUCUUGGACCGAUUCCAAAACGGUGGAGAGGUGUUUGUCAGACCGGUGCAAGAUUUGAAACAAGAAACUGUAAUAGGAAAAUCGUCGGUGCUAGAUUCUUCGCUAAGGGACAACAAGCAGCCAUGAUCGGUGGAAUAAACAAAACGGUUGAGUUUCUCUCACCGCGUGACGCGGAUGGACAUGGAACUCAUACGGCCUCAACCGCCGCGGGACGUCAGGCCUUUAGGGCUAGUAUGGCUGGCUACGCCUCUGGUGUUGCCAAAGGUGUAGCCCCUAAAGCUCGUAUUGCUGUCUACAAAGUUUGUUGGAAAGAAUCCGGUUGUCUUGAUUCCGACAUCCUCGCUGCUUUUGACGCUGCUGUCUCCGAUGGAGUCGACAUUAUCUCUAUCUCUAUUGGAGGAGGAGAUGGAAUCGCGUCGCCGUAUUACCUUGACCCUAUCGCAAUAGGCUCGUACGGUGCAGCCUCGAUGGGUGUCUUUGUUUCCUCCUCCGCCGGGAACGAAGGACCAAAUGGUAUGUCCGUUACAAAUCUAGCACCGUGGGUAACAACUGUCGGAGCUGGAACAAUUGAUCGGGAUUUCCCUGCCGACGUUAUUCUCGGGGACGGACACCGUCUGCCAGGUGUUUCUCUUUACUCUGGCGUGCCUUUAAAUGGCCGGAUGUUUCCGGUGGUUUAUCCGGGUAAGACCGGAAUGUUAGCUGCUUCUUUAUGUAUGGAGAAUUCACUUGAUCUAAAGCUUGUGAGAGGUAAAAUUGUGAUUUGCGACCGUGGAAGCAAUCCUCGAGCGGCUAAAGGGAUGGUGGUGAAGAAGGCAGGAGGUGUUGGGAUGAUACUCGCUAACUCUGUCUCGAACGGCGAAGGCUUAGUCGGAGACGCUCACCUUAUCCCUGCUUGCAACGUAGGAUCAAGCGCAGGAGACAGAAUCAAAGCGUACGCUUCGACUCAUCCCAAUCCUAUAGCUACAAUAGAUUUCAGAGGUACCGUGAUUGGAGUUAAACCAGCUCCGGUCGUGGCUUCUUUCUCAGGCAGAGGACCAAACGGGUUAAACCCGGAGAUUUUAAAACCUGACCUGAUUGCUCCGGGAGUAAACAUCUUAGCGGCUUGGACAGAUGCCGUGGGGCCUACGGGAUUGGUUUCUGAUAGCCGGAAAACAGAGUUUAACAUUCUUUCUGGUACUUCCAUGGCUUGUCCUCACGUCAGUGGAGCGGCGGCUCUGCUCAAAUCUGCUCAUCCUGAUUGGAGUCCGGCCGCGGUAAGAUCCGCAAUGAUGACAACGGCUAGCCUCGUUGAUAACUCUAAUCGCUCGUUAAUUGACGAAUCCACUGGAAAACACUCGACGCCUUAUGACUUUGGUUCGGGUCAUCUCAAUCUUGGUCGGGCAAUUGAUCCAGGUCUAGUGUACGAUAUAACCAACGAUGACUACAUCGCGUUUCUUUGCUCGAUCAGUUACGAGACAAAAACCAUUCAGAUAAUAACAAGAACGCCGGUGAGAUGUCCGAGGAGGAAACCGUUGCCGGAGAAUCUAAAUUACCCGUCGAUCACGGCAUUGUUCCCAACCUCAAACAGAGGUUCGUUGAGCAAGACUCUUUUCAGAACAGUGACGAACGUUGGACAGUCGGAAGCGGUUUAUAGGGCGAGGAUAGAGUCGCCAAGGGGAGUGACAGUGACUGUGAAGCCGUCGAGGUUGGUGUUCACGUCCGCUGUUAAGAAACGAAGUUAUGCUGUAACGGUGACUGUGGAUACGAAGAAUCUGGUGCUGGGUGAGUCCGGUGCGGCGUUCGGGUCGGUUACGUGGUCUGAUGGUGGAAGACAUGUAGUUCGUAGCUCUGUGGUGGUAACCCAGAUUUACCCGUUGUGA